CCACUUCUCCUCCUCCGCCAACCGUCGCCGCAGCAGUUCAGUGUGUCAGUGUUCAUAGGAGCAGCAGUGAUGAGCAGCAGAAGCCGCAGGUCCUGUACAAAGAGUCGCUCCAGCUGUUUGGGUCGUAAAGGACGAUUUUCCAGAGUGGCUCUACAGAAGCCUGGAUGGACAAAAGACGAGGAUGAGCAGCUGCACAGACUGGUGAAGGAGUUUGGAUCAAACAGCUGGUCUUCAGUUUCUCUGCAUUUUAAAGGUCAGAGGUCAGAUGUGGAGUGUCAGCGCAGGUGGCAGCAGAUAAAGAAUCCCGAGCUGGUGAAAGGUCCCUGGACUAAGGAGGAGGAUGAGAGGGUCAUUGAGCUGGUUCAGAAGUACGGCGUGAAGCGCUGGUCGCUCAUCGCUAAACACUUGCACAGUCGUAACGGGAAGCAGUGCCGCGAGCGCUGGCACAACCACCUGAACCCGACUGUGAAGAAGAGCGGCUGGACGCUGCAGGAGGACCGCGUCAUCUGUCAGGCCCACAGGCUGCUGGGAAACCGCUGGGCAGACAUCUCCAAGCUGAUGCCCGGCAGGACAGAUAACUCCAUCAAAAACCACUGGAACUCCACUCUGAAGAGGAAGGUGGAGAAGGAGGGAUACCUGCAGGUCCUGCACCUCCACAACUCCUUCAACACUUCCUCCUCUUCCACCAGCUCAGCAUCCAGGACCUGCGCCCCCCCCAUCACCGCCAACAUCCCCAUCAAGCAGGCAGACGAGUCCAGCGAUCAGAGCGACCACACCCACCUGUGCUCCGUCUGUGUCCCCGCCUCCUCCUCAGGCUAUGGCUCAUCACUGAGCAUGUGCGAGCUGACGGUGCACGCAGAGCUGAUGGAAGCGAGCGCAGAGAGCUGGAGCUGUGGUCCAAAGGAAGUGAGCUCAUCGCUGCCCGCCUGCCUGUACAGCGAGGACGCCGACCCGCCGGUCAUCGAUCUGAGCAGGAGUUAUGCUGCAGGUAUGAAGGAGCAGCUGGUGAACAGUGAGGAUGGAGCCUCCUUCAUGGACUCCACCGCCUCCUGGAGCAGAAGCAGCACGGUGGGGACUCUGACCUUCUCCCCCUCUGAGCUCGUCAGCCUGUGUGGUGUCGAGGAUCUGAAGUUACAGCGCCCGGCUCUCACCUCCACCCCCGUCUGUUCCCUCAAACACUCCACCAGCACCAGCACCAACCAGGACGACUCCUGUCUGCACUGCAGCCACAGCAGCCAGACGCCCUCAGAGACCAGAGAGAGGAUCAGAGCGUUGUGGAUGUCUGCUCCUCAAACCCCAACACCGCUGAAGAUCAACAGCAGCAAGAGCCAGGACGAGGUGUCAGUUUGUUCGAGCAGGAUGAUGAAUCUGAUGUGGGAGGAGCGAAGCUUUGAUCCUGACAGUCAACAGUCCAGCAGCAGCUCUGAGGUCCAGGGAGAGGGUCUGCUGAGCUCCAUCCUGCAGGUCCAGAGAGAGUCCAGCUGUGAGGAGUUUGGCUGCUUCCCGUUGGAUGGACAGAUGGAGGUGUGGUGGUGUCAGCAGCCAGUCGGUUAUCUGCACUCUCCAAAAUGUCCUGCAUACAGACUAAACCCUUUUGAGCUGAGCGGGGACUUACAGCUGGUGAUGUUUGGGAAAACAGACGAUCAGAUGAGUGUGACAGAGCAGGCGCGACUCUACGUUGAGCCAUGAGCAUCAUCAACCAUCAGCCGUGCAAAAGAAAAGUCCCGUUAGCUGCGUGUGGAGGGAACCAGAUGCUGCCUUCAGGGUCAGAAACACGUCUCUGUAUAGUUCCACGUUGUUUAAAGCGUCUGAGCUUCCAUCGUCAUCAGCUGUCCGAGAGACGACCUGCCGCUGUGACCCUUUUUAUUCUUAUCUUGUUAUAUAUUAUAUAUUUAUUAUAAAGUAUUAUUAGCUUCAGAGUCAACCUGUGAAUCAUGAGUCAGCAUUUUAAUUCCUCUACAGACGUUCACUGCAGAGUCCAUCCGUUUAUCUAACUGAUGUUUUAUUGAUUUAUUCAGCAGUUUACAUUUUUAUUUUUAUUUUUAUGUACUUUUAUUGGAACUGGAUUUUAACAAAAAAACAUGAAACAUAUUUUUAAAUAAUUUUUU